AUGGAAGUCAAUCAAAGAAAACCUCAUAAAUCAUUAUUGGAAUAUUUCCGACUAUUUAUUCGAUUAUUAUGUUUUGAUCUUGCAAUAUUUUUAUUCAGUUCAAUCACUCAUACAUUCUUUCGUGAUAUCAAGACAAGAGGGACAUAUAAUAUCCCACCCACUGGUCCAGUUAUCUUCGUGAUUGCGCCUCAUCAUAAUCAAUUCAUCGAUGGUCCAAUUGUUAUGUCAGAAGUCAAAGCUAGACUGGGGAGAAGAAUUUCAUUCUUGAUUGCUAAAAGUUCUUACCAAAGAAAAAUUAUUGGUCAAGGUGCUAGAUUAUGUAGUGCAAUCCCAGUAGAACGGGCUCAGGAUUUAUUAAAGCCAGCAACAGGAACUGUUUCGUUGGAUAUUACUGAUCCUACUCAAUGUAUGAUAAUCGGUCAAGGAACCAAGUUCACUCAAGUAUGUGAACCAAAGGGAUUACUUGGAAUUGGAGUUGCCAAUUCCCAAAUUCAAGAAGUUGUAGAUGAUACUCAUCUACGUUUAAAACUGCCAUUUAAAUCUGAAUAUGAAAAUAUCCAACAAAAAAUAAUCCAAAAGUUAUCACAAGGUACAACCUUCAAAACCGCUCCACAUGUUGAUAAUCAUGAUGUAUUCCAACAUGUUUUUGAUCAUUUGAAUUCUGGGAGAGUAUUGGGUAUUUUUCCCGAAGGUGGAAGUCAUGAUCGUCCUGAUUUAUUACCAUUGAAACCGGGAGUUGCUAUUAUGGCCCUAGGUGCGAUUGCUAAUAAACUUAAACAGGGUGAUAAUGUCGAGAAUAUAUGUGUUAUUCCUGCCGGAUUGAAUUAUUUCCAUGCUCAUAGAUUUAGAUCUCGGGUGGUUUUAGAAUUCGGAAAACCAAUUAUUGUUAAUAGGGCCAUGGGAGAAGAAUAUAUUGAAAAUCCAAGAGAAUCGGUUAAUAAAUUAUUAGAAGAGAUUUCGGUUAGAUUAAGAGAAGUUACCGUAACUUGCCCCGAUUAUGAUACAUUAAUGGUGCUUCAAGCUUGUAGAAGGUUACAUUGUUCUUCAAAUCGUGAACAUGUUCCAUUACCAAUGGUGGUUGAAAUGAAUAGAAGAUUAGUCAAGAGUUAUCAAGAACAUGAAAAUGCCCCCGAUGUUGUAGAAUUACGGAAAUUGGUUUUGAAAUAUAAUGAAAAAUUAAGAUUUAUGGGAAUUCAUGAUAAUCAAGUUCAAUCAUUAUAUGAAUCAAAUAGAAUUAAAUUAUUAUUUAUGGUUAUUAGUCGUGCUUUUAAAGUUGCAUUAUUUUGGGGAUUAAGUUUACCAGGAGUCAUUUUAUUUAGUCCAGUAUUUGUUAUUGGAAAUCAUAUAUCUAAAAUAAAACAAAAACAAGCAUUGGCAGGUAGUGUGGUUAAGAUUAGAGCCACUGAUGUUAUAAGUACUUGGAAAGUAUUAGUUGCAUUAGUUAUUGCACCAAUGUUGUAUAUUUUCCAUUCAAUAAUUGGUACGGUAUAUUUUGGUCAUUUAUUCCCCUUCAAUAAUGUUGUUCUGAUUUUUGCAUCUUGUUAUGCAUUGGCUCUUUUAACAACAUAUGCCUCAUUAAGAGCAGGGGAAAUUGGAUUAGAUUAUUAUAAAUCGUUAAAACCAUUAUUUAUUUCAUUAAUAUCCCGGAAAUCUAAUAAAAUCGAAAUUGAAACUAUAAAAUUAAUGAGAGAAGAAUUAGGUUUCAGAGUUAAUGAAUUCUGUCGGAAAUAUAAUCCUGGGAUUUUUGAAGAUUAUGAUCGGAUAUAUGGCGCAGGUGGAUUUGAAGAACCUAUUGAUACUAAUAACACAACAAGAAUGAGAUUAAUGAGAAGAGAUAGUACUGUUAGUUUAGAUUUAGGUAUGGAUAAUUUGGGUGAUAUUCCAAUCUUUGCAAAUGCACCAAAUGAACCCCAGAGUGUAUUGAAUGCAUUGCUAGAAUUAGAGAAUGGUAGUAAACGUGAAGAUGGAAGGCCAAACUUACAUCGUGCAACUGAUAGUAGUAGUACUAGUAAUUCUAGUAUGGAUGGAGAAAUAAUUACAACCGAGAUUAUAAAUGAAAAGCAAUCUGAUGGCUCACAUCAAGAUGGUGAGAUUAGAGUUCGGGAAGUGUAUUGA